AUGAUUUACCGGUUUAUCCAUACAAAGUAGAGGUGGAAUAAGUGGACCAAUGGAUUUACUUCGCCAUGUUCAUCUGGUAUUUUGAUCUCGUUACUGUUUCUUCGCAUGCACUUUGCCUUAAUCCUCUUUUCUCGCAAGUUAUAUCUUGUCGUACAAAUGAGGUCCUGUGUACUGCAUACUACUGCACUGCUCUAUCUUGGAUAGUAGAAUACCUAGUAUGUACUGGUGGUUACAAAAGACAUCGCGAAAACUAAAGAUUUAUCCGAACAGUUUGAUUUUGUUUCUACCUAUGUACUCUCAAAAGAGAUGCUCAGCCGAGAAGAAGAAGAAGAAGAAAAAGAGGGUGAUAAGAGGAGAGAGCGCGAGCGACAAAGAAAAUGUUGAGGUACAGUACAGAAUCUUCUUUCAUGAUUCGUCCUACUCAAUUAAAACUUGACAUCGGAAGACUCACCUCUUGCGUUACUUCGAACAGAGAUUUCACGUUGAAAAAGAUGUUUCCGAUGCGAAUAAUGCAUCCUGCCGACGUCUUCCUCCCGUUUUGUUAUACAAAUUCCUUAAAAUGGAUCUGGUGUAUCAAGGUUCAUUGUAUCCACGCGUUCUCCACGAUCUGAAACUUCAACGGCUGUCAGAAGAUCAUCUGGUAUAGCUUAGAAAGCAAGACUUCCCAGGUAGGACUGACCCUCAAGAGCCCGCGGAAUGUAUUGUAUCGUAUAGCAGGGUAACUGGCUGGGUAUUGGUUGAUCGCUCCUCUCCUGAAUGCUAUAGCGAUGAAGGGAUACUGCUUGCAAUUCGGGAAGGUCGCGUGCAAGAUGAUGAUAACCCGAAAUAUGUGUUUUAUCUCUGAUUUUCACAUCUUCAAUAAAACCAGGUUGAAAUCGAAACCCGAGCAAUUAAUAUAACAGGGGAAGCCAGUGGGUCUCACAAAGUUCAUCGAAGCAAAGUAGUCCUUCCCUUUUCUCUUCAUUGCAUGGAGAUCUCAUCGAGUCUCUUCCAGGGGCUGUGGACAUUACAAGUAGGCGUAAUGACUUGCAUAAGGCGCAUGUUGUCCUAUCGAUUUUUCUCAUUAAACUUACCCUUCUUCUUCGUUUGUCCUGGUGCAUUGGCGACAACGUGGUUGGCCUAUGGCAUGGCGAUUUUGCGACAAGGUCGACGGGUAGCUGCACCUUUCAUCCAAUUUGGGUCACCCGCACUGACAUUGUCUCAGCAACUGCGACUCGAGGAUGUAUGGUAAAAAGUAACAUUCAGAAAUUACUGAUUAGGCAAGGCUAGCUAACCCCUACUGUGAAGAUUAUUCCAGAUAUCAGCUUCUUUGUCUCUAAGCACCGGCUUCCGUGUUUGUUUUA